UGUCCUUAUUGUACAAUUCACAAAACGAAUGAUUGACAGCAGUGAUACAUACAUAGAUACAUAUUUGUGAAUGUUAUUUUUUGUUUAAAUUAUUUUACAUCAGGCUUAUAUAAGGUUGUUGACUUGGUUUAUCUCACUCGGCGUAAUCGUAGGUCGUUUUAAACUGUUGAGGCUCGGGAGUUGAUCCACCGCAACAGCGGGGAUACCCUGCCUGCUCCAGCCGAAGUAUGGUUCACAUGAUGGGGCUGCUUUCAGUGAGUGUUGUGCCCCUGCGGAACGGGGUGCAGGCUUGGGGCAGAGGCUGCGCCACCAUCCAUACAGCUUUUCGCUACAGUAACUUUAGCUCAUUAUCGAAGUGUUCCGCAUUAAAACGAAUCAAUCCCAUGGGAUUAAAUCAAUGCACUUUCACAUUGGCUCGAUUGCUCAGUUCCAAACCCCCACGAGGAUUUGAGAAGUUCUUCCCAAAGAGUGAGGACACUCCUGGAGUGAACAAAUCAUCUGAAGACAACGGUGAUGAGAAGACCAAAGAGACAGAAUCUCAGGGCGGAGGAGAAGAGGGACCAAAUGAAAGUGGCGAGAGAGAGAGGAGGAGAGGCGGAAGGAAGGAUGAAUCAGACUGGUGGACUCGCUUCCAGAAUGAUUUCCCCUGGGAUGAGACGACCAUGCGCAAUGUCGCGAUCGGAUUCGCCGGCAUGGCCUCCGCGUUCCUGUAUUUCUACUUCCGAGAGACUGGGAAGGAAGUCUCCUGGAAGGACUUUGUAAAUAACUACCUGGCUAGAGGACUGGUGGACCGUCUGGAGGUAGUCAACAAACAGUAUGUCAGAGUCAUCCCAGUGCAUGGAGUCAAUACGUCAGAGGUGAGCUACCUGUGGUUCAACAUCGGCAGCGUGGAGACGUUUGAACGCAAUCUGGUGCUGGCCCAGCAGGAGAUGGGCCUGGACUCUACACACAGAGUACCUGUGAUCUACGGAAGCGAGAGCGACGGUACUUUCCUGAUGAGCAUUCUUCCAACCAUGUUGCUGGUUGGCUUCCUGCUCUUCACCAUGCGCCAGGGACCAAUGGCAGGAGGCCGUGGCGGAGGGCGGGGCAACCCCUUCAGCAUGGGCGAAUCCAAGGCCAAAAUCAUGAAGGACACCAUUGACGUGAGAUUUAAGGAUGUGGCUGGCUGCGAAGAGGCCAAGCUGGAGAUCCUAGAGUUUGUCAACUUCCUGAAGAACCCCCGGCAGUACCAGGACCUGGGGGCCAAGAUCCCCAAGGGUGCAGUGUUGUCGGGUCCCCCCGGCACAGGGAAGACCCUGCUAGCCAAGGCCACAGCCGGAGAGGCCAAUGUCCCCUUCAUCACCGUCAACGGAUCUGAGUUCCAGGAGAUGUUUGUUGGCGUGGGCCCAGCCAGGGUGAGGGAUAUGUUUGCCAUGGCCCGUAAGAACGCUCCCUGCAUCCUGUUCAUCGAUGAGAUAGAUGCUGUGGGCAGGAAGAGAGGCAGAGGGAACUUUGGGGGACAGAGUGAGCAGGAGAACACACUCAACCAGCUGCUAGUGGAGAUGGAUGGGUUCAACACCAGCACUAACGUGGUCGUCUUGGCUGGAACCAACCGACCAGACAUCCUGGACCCAGCACUGAUGAGACCUGGGCGCUUCGACAGACAGAUUUACAUAGGUCCACCAGACAUAAAAGGCAGAGCGUCCAUCUUUAAUGUCCAUCUGAGGCCUCUGAAGCUGGACUCCAGUAUAGACUCUGAAGCUUUGACCAGGAAACUAGCUGCCCUCACACCUGGCUUUACUGGAGCUGAUAUUGCCAACAUGUGUAAUGAGGCGGCCCUGAUAGCAGCACGCUACCUUAACGAGUCUAUCAACGUCAAGCACUUUGAGCAGGCCAUCGAGAGGGUCAUCGGAGGUCUGGAGAAGAAGACCCAGGUACUACAGCCAUUAGAGAAGACCACUGUAGCAUACCACGAGGCUGGCCAUGCUGUGGUGGGCUGGUACCUGGAACACGCUGACCCUCUGCUCAAGGUGUCAAUCAUCCCCCGGGGGAAGGGUUUGGGGUAUGCUCAGUACCUUCCUACGGAGCAGUACCUGUUCACGCGGGAGCAGCUGUUUGACAGGAUGUGUAUGAUGCUGGGAGGACGUGUGGCAGAGCAGGUCUUUUUUGGGAAGAUCACCACAGGGGCACAGGAUGACCUCAGGAAGGUCACGCAGUCUGCCUACGCACAGGUGGUUCAGUUUGGGAUGAGUGAGGUGGUGGGCCAGGUGUCUUUUGAGCUCCCCAGGCAGGGAGAGAUGGUGAUGGAGAAGCCUUACAGCGAGCCCAUGGCCCAGCUCAUAGACCAGGAGGUCCGCUCACUCAUAGACGCUGCCUUCCAACGCACACACCAGCUCAUCACUGAGAAGAGAGACGUGGUAGAGAAGGUGGGGAGGCGUCUCCUGGAGAAGGAGGUCCUGGACAAGGCUGACAUGCUGGAGCUGCUGGGUCCUCGCCCCUAUGAGGAGAAGUCUACGUAUGAGGAGUUUGUGGAGGGGACGGGGCCCAUGAAGGAGGACACCUCCCUUCCAGAGGGCCUCAAGAACUGGAAUAAGGACCGGGGGACGGAAGAGCCUCCCCAGGAGCAGCAACGCAAACAGGUUCUUUACAUGUAGACUGACACCACGUCUGACCUUUGCCCCCACCCAACCAGGCCACUGGAGGGACAUGUUGAGACUUCAUUUGGGGAGGGGAGGGGAGGGCACUUGACAUGACCCAGACAGACUGAUAUCAGGGGAGGGUGUCAGGUUUAAGAAGGCAUCCCUGCACCGUGUCCCUGAUGGCUACAGGUUGAGGGGUGCAGCAGGGGAUCUGCUCCAACGGCCUAGAUUGUGCAAAUUCUCAGACUUUUUUUAAAAUUCAUUUGGGAAUGCGAAAAGGUGUUCCUGUAUUUUGGUUUUGCAGGGCAUGAGAUUCAUCAAUCUGUGAAGGAUAUCCACUCCACCAUGCCGUUCCUUUCCUUCCCUGGAGAUUCCCUGCUGUACUAUGUUCCUCCUUUAUCCUGACCAUAGUGCAUUCCAGGGCCGGUGUGGUCAUUCUAAGGCCCUAGAGACCAUGAUCCAUGGUCGUCAAAUCUUUGUCAUAGGGAAAAUAUAUUGUUUUAAUAGUUGUUGUGUAGUAUUCAUUAUUUGACCUUUUUCAUUGUGUGUUGGAUGAGUUUGUCUGACAUGGAACAUUUUUAUGAAUAUAUGAUCAUGUACAUCAGGGAUGGGCGACUGUCGGCGGCCAUUUUGAAGGCCCUUGGAUCAAUUCCCCCCCAACUUACUGUUGCGAGUUAAAAUACACAAGGUGCAAUUUCUACAUUUGGUUGCACAUCAGUUUUUCUGUUAUGUUAGUCAAUUAGCAACUUUAUUUAGAUUGCGGAGUUAGUUUAGCGGCCAGCUAUCUAAACUUGUUAUCAUGGUGGAAUUACCGGCCGGGAGGCCCCCACGGUUUUGUUAGUCAGUCUCACUCCGAUAUCAUAUUAAAAACUGCAACGUUUCUCUGCCCUAUGGCAAACUGUGUAGAAUUGCAGGAAAUUAGCUGUAAAACUGCAACCUUUUCUCUCUACCCAAUGGCAAAAUGUGGAGAAUUGCACGAAACUCGAAUAAAAGUUGAAAAAUGUCACUCCACUGUCGAGGGGGGGGGCCACUAAAAUGUUUUGCUUUUAGGGGGCGGGGGGGGAUGAUGUAGGUAUGCAGAUCUGUGAGCAACUGCGGCCCCUCAUGAUGAGUUCAGUUUUUUUGUGGCCCCCACCCCCAUCAAUACUACCCAUCCCUGAUGUACAUCUCAUUUGAAGUGAGAUGUUUUCUUUUAGAUUUCAUAUUGGAACAUGAAGGGCUAAGUGAGUGUGUGUUGCACCAUUGUAAUAAUUUGGUUGGUGCUUAUUUGUCCUCUUUCACACAUGUACAAGUAUGUAUUAAUACCGUGUGUGAAUUAGACAGCCAGGGUCUGCUAUUAUCAACGGUGACCCUGGAGGUAAGUGCCUUGCUCAAGGACACAUUGACAGAUUUUAUUUUCACCUUGUCGGCUCGGGAUUCUAACUAGCGACCUUUAAGUUACUGUCCCAACGCUCUAUCCGCUAGGCUACCUGCCGCCCUGCGUGCGUGCUGCGUUUAAUCUUCAACAUUUUUGCUACCUUCUGACCUUAUUGAAUUUCAGCGACGUGUUCAUGUUCCCAUGUCUCUCUUCAGUCAUUGACACUUGUUAACUAAACAGCUAUGUGACUGCAGAGGGUUUUCAGAAAGCUCAGCAGAAAUCCAGUCCAUGCAGACCAGACUAACACUGGGACAGUAUGACAUUUACAUUGAACCUCAAUCAGAAAGAGGAUAAAAUACAAACUGUUAGUAGGCCUAAUUGAAGAAAAACACGUCUUCUGAAUGUCACUUUUCAGUCUUUUGUGGAAAAACAGACACUCUACCUGCCCACUUUCCCCCACAGGAAAACAGCUUCUGACAAGCUUUAUUUCUGAGUACAACUAGUGUACACUACCUCACCUCUUAUGCUCCAGUGUUGCUAUAACUCAAGUCAACUGACAACAGAUGAACUUCCCACGUCUUUUGUGAAGUAUUGAGAUAGAUAGAUAUAUAUAUAAAAUUAUAAACUUGGAUUAGCUAACACGACAUGCCAUUGGAACACAAGAUUGAUGGUUGCUGAUAAUGGGCCUCUGUACGCCUAUGUAGAUAUUCCAUUAAAAAUCUGUCGUUUCCAGCUACAAUAGUCAUUUACAACAAUGUCUACACUGUAUUUCUGAUCAAUUUGAUGUUAACAAGGACAUUUCUAAGUGACCCCAAACUUUGUGUAUUGAACAAAAAUAUAAACGCAACAAUUAACGAUUUUCAUGAGUUACAGUUUAUAUAAGGAAAUCAGUCAAUUGAGGGGGAAAAUAAAUCAUUAGGCCCUAAUCUAUGGGUUUCACAUGACUGGGCAGGGGCGCAGCCAUGGGUGGGCCUGGGUGGGCAUAGCUAAUCAGAAUGAGUUUUUCCUCACAAAAGGGAUUUAUUACAGACAGAAAAAGUCCUCAGUUUCAAAACUAUGGAAUCAUGUAGUAACCAAAACAAAAUGUAUUUUGAUUUAUUUAACCUUUUUUUUUUUGGUUACUACAUGAUUCCAUAUGUGUUAUUUCAUAGUUUUGAUAUAUUCACUAUUAUUCUACAAUGUAGAAAAUAGUAAAAAAAUCAAAUAAAAAAAACUCUUCAAUGAGUGUACGAACUUUUGACUGGUACUAUAUAUCUCCAUAGCAACGCCAGCCGAGCCAUGCUUACUCCCACGCCCCUGGAGAAACCCUGUAGAGGGGUUUUGGUUUCCACUUCUUAGAAUAGAGGGUAUUGGGGUUUUGGGAGAAGUAAUGAGAUGAUGUCGUACCGAUCUGCAUUGCACUUUCUGAAGGUUGUUUUUUUUCUCCUUUUACUGCUGAAAAUAAAGGUGUCACUACCUCACUCAGUAUUUCUGACAGUUUUUGGAACUCUGCAAUUACCCACAUUGAUUUAUACAGAAAAUGAGUGUUGUUACACUCCAGACCAUAUGUAUGAAAAAAUAUAUUUCUACUUCUAUACCUAGUUGUGUGGGUUACCGUAAACAAAAAAUACAAUGUUUUUAGAGUACAUUCCAGAUGUCUUGGUGUAGCCUAAACUGCGUUUAAAUUCCAAUCCUGCUUUUCUGCCUGAUUGACUGACUGCUGGUUCUUGUGGCUCAGCUUAUCUAGUGAUCUUGCUUAAAGCACUAUAAGGAAUGUGUAUAUGACUGUUUCAAUGCAAAAAAACACAAAUACAUCCAGAAAUGUUUAGUUUGCUAUGUGAUAUAUUAUCAACAUCUGACAUUCACCAAUAAAAUCAAGAAUUUAUGUCCCAUUGUGAA